AUGUUUUCUAAAGCUUUAUCCAGGAAUCAACAAGAUAUUUUCCUUAGAAAGUUUAGGAGGGAUGAAUAUUGUAUGUGGAUGGAAUUGGAAAAUAGCAGGUUUGGGGAGUUUGCCAGGAUUACACAAAUGAUGAAUAAUGGUAAAAGAAAGGGUUUGAUUAUUCCCCAAGGCUCCCAAGGCAUUGGAUGGAAAGGGUUUAGAGGAUUAAUGGAGGAUGCUCUUUCAGGUGGAAGGAAUACUCUGAUACAAGAAGAAGAAAAUCAAAGUUUGAUGGUGGUAUCAAAAUGUAGAGUCAAAGAGCAAGAAAAUGGGGCAUGGGCUGAGAUGCAUAAGGAAAAUACUCCUGCAAAUGUUAAGGGGUAUGAAAAUAUGCUUAAAGAAGAGGUUAAAUGGAGGAUCUCCUUAGCCAAGGCAGAGUUGACAAGGGGCAAAGGAAGUAGUGAAAAAGGGGCUAUAGUCGGAGAGGAGAUCUGCGAUGGUUGGCAAAGCUAG